CGUACCCCGAAGCAAGUUGGAAAAAAAAAACAUCACGUCUCCGACUCCACCCCUCCCCCAGCCGCCACAGAACUCCUCCCUGUUCCCAUCGCCGCCGCCCGCCGCUCCUCCUCUCCUCUGUACCCCGUCGCGAGGAACCAACCUCCCGAAGCAACCGGAGCGGCAAGCGGCGGAAGAAUGGAGAGAUGGCGUCUGCGGCGACGGCGAAGGAGAUGGGGCGGGCGUCCUACAUCUGGAUCAAGCACGAGGAGGAGCGGCGCGAGGCUUCCUGGAAGGAGACCGAGGGCCGGGUCUUCUCCGCCACCACACGCACCGAUGUCGCCGCGCUCCUGAUCAGUGAGCCCCGCGACCAGAUCCUCGCCGGUCGUGCCUCCUUCGCCGACCUCGCCGCACAUCACUCCGGCUGCUGGGGACUGAAACGAACUCCAGUUCACGCUCUGUUUUGGUGGAUCUCACUACGCUCAGGAGGUGUUCGACGAAAUGCAAAGCCAGAGAAAAACUAGCGAUGAGACACAGUUUCAGUUUUC